GGGUGUCGCUCCCUGACUCCGGCUUGCGUGCUUCAUUCACUCCCGGGGCCUGCAGGAGGACCGUGGGCUUGGCAGAGGGCUUAGAUGGUGGAAUAGCAUCACAUAGCGCUGCGACGAAGAGCAGAAGGUGUCGGCAGCCACUUGCCUGGCAAACCAUACAGAAUGUUCUCCCGAUUAAGAAUAGCUUCCGCUCCCUGCGUGUUGGCCUGUCGCAGAGUACAUACAAAAGAAAAAGGCAAGGUCUUGAUGCUGAACCCGAGAACAAAUAAGGGCAUGGCUUUCACGUUAAAAGAACGUCAAAUGCUUGGCCUCCAGGGACUUCUACCUCCAAAGUUUGAGACGCAAGACAUCCAAGCCUUACGGUUUCACAGGAACGUGGCAAAAAUGACCGACCCUUUGGAAAAAUACAUCUAUGUGAUGGGCAUGCAGGAAAGAAACGAGAAGCUGUUCUACAGGGUAUUGCAAGAUGAUAUUGAGCAAUUAAUGCCAAUUGUUUAUACACCAACAGUAGGCUUAGCGUGUUCCCAGUAUGGACAUAUCUUUAGGAGGCCAAAAGGAUUAUUCAUUGCCAUAACAGAUAGGGGCCAUAUCAGAUCAGUUGUGAAUAACUGGCCAGAAAACGAUGUGAAGGCUGUUGUCGUCACAGAUGGAGAACGGAUAUUGGGCCUUGGUGAUCUGGGUGUGUAUGGGAUGGGGAUUCCUGUUGGCAAGCUCUGCUUAUACACAGCAUGUGCUGGAAUACAACCCGACAAGUGCCUCCCUGUGUGUAUCGAUGUCGGCACAGACAAUCAGACGCUUCUGCAUGACCCGUUUUAUAUGGGGCUUUACCAGAAGCGAGACCGCUCUCAGCUGUACGAUGAACUCAUCGACGAGUUCAUGGAAGCCAUUGUAGACAGGUACGGCCAAAACACCCUCAUUCAGUUUGAAGACUUUGGAAACCACAACGCUUUCCGCUUUUUGAGGAAAUACAGAGAGAAAUAUUGUACCUUCAAUGAUGAUAUACAGGGGACAGCUUCGGUGGCCUUAGCUGGGUUGUUGGCGGCGCAGAAAGUUCUUGGUAAACCAAUUACAGAGCACCAGAUCUUGUUCCUUGGUGCAGGAGAGGCUGCCCUUGGAAUUGCAAAUCUCAUCGUCAUGGCUAUGGUGGAAAGCGGUCUUUCUCCGGAAGAAGCUUAUAAGAAAAUAUGGAUGUUCGACAAAUACGGCUUAUUGGUUCAGGGUCGGGAACAAACAGUCGACGCCAACCAAGAGUCCUUUACUCACGCAGCCCCAGACCAGGUGCCAAAGACCUUCUUAGAAGCAGUGAAUGUGCUUCAGCCUUCAGCUAUCAUUGGGGUCGCAGGCGCAGGCCGACUCUUCUCCCACGACGUUCUCAAAGCGAUGGGCUCCAUCAACCAGAGACCGAUCAUAUUUGCACUGAGUAACCCUACUGCGAAAGCCGAGUGCACCGCUGAGGAGGCAUACACAUUAACAGAGGGGCGUUGUCUGUUCGCAAGCGGCAGCCCUUUUGAGCCAGUGAAGCUGAGUGAUGGGCGAUCCUUCAAACCUGGACAAGGAAACAAUGCAUACAUAUUUCCAGGCGUUGCUCUUGCUGUUAUUCUCAGUGGGGUUCGGCACAUUAGCGAUCAAGUUUUCCUGGAGGCUGCAAAGGCGUUAACAGAGCAGCUGACUGAGGAAGAACUUGCUGAGGGACGGCUUUAUCCUCCUCUUGCAAACAUCCGGGAGGUUUCCAUUAACAUUGCCGUUAAAGUUAUGGAAUUUUUGUAUGCCAACAACAUGGCGUUCCAUUACCCUGAGCCUGCAGACAAGAACAAGCACAUACGGUCGAGGAUCUGGAACUACAAGUAUGAAUCGUUUCUGCCGGAUUUGUAUGAUUGGCCAGAAUCUACGGCGCACCCACCCAAAACACAGUGACUCACCAAAGGGGGCAUGUUCCUCAGGUGGCACCUGAAAUUCUGCAGGGAAUCUCUUUCCAGAACAGAUUUAAAACCAGGAACAUUUUGAGACUUUGAUUUUUUUCAACAACGGCAAAAGUAUUUUUAAGCCUUGCCCCGUAAUAAUUGCCUGGAUUGCUCCUGGUGUAGAUGUUCCUUCUGACGAUUUGCAUUCCAAUGGAUGGAAGUGACUUAUCUGGAACCAAGAUACAAAAACUUAUACUGAUUUUUUAAAAUAAAAAAUUCACUUUUACAGUCCUCAGGGUGACUUAACCAUAUACAGGAAAUCCUUAAUUAUCUUGUCAUUCCUGUUAUAUAGACCCAGUUUAUAUAUUUAGUGGUAGAGCUUCUUCUGAGCUGCCUCACUUCAGACUGCAAAUGAUCUUCUUUAUCUAUAUUGGAAACGAAUAAACUCACCGAGUGUAGAAAAUGAGCAUGUCAGAAAGAUUCGGCCUAGCCUUCUGGCAUGUGCUGCUUUUCUGCUUGCACAGAACUUGUUUUUGAUGGAGAAAACAUUCAAACAGGGAACCUUCCAGCAUCUUAAAGUGGUACAGCGCAGAAAUGGUUUUACCUCUUGAUCCUGCUGCAUGCAUUAACUGGGCCUUAAGCUGGCUACCAAAUCUCUUCAUCCCUUUUUGUACUCUGCUUGCCUAUUUUAUAUGUGGCCUGAUGGCCCUUGCAGUUGUCUGAUGUGCUGAGCUUUGUGGCCUCAAUUGAGCAAUGUCAGAUUUUAGGACGGGCUACCAGCUUCCUUUGCAGGUAAACAUGGCGAGUUGUCUGUUCUGAGCUUUGAGUAAGCAACUUUGCCCUUCUUAGCUCUGCUACAAAAACAAAAAGAAGAACAACCUUGCCAGCAAGCAUGGUUUUAGAGUGCUUCCACAUGGCAGUUUAUUGUGAAGUCUGUGUUGUUCACAAAUGCAGCAUCCACACAAUGUCACAAUGCCUCCCAUAUUAUUUUCCAGUUUAAAAAUCCAGAAAAUCUUCCAGAAAACCCAACAAGUAACACCCUCCUCGCAAAAAAAACCCCAGACAAUCAAACUGGCUUAAAUGCAGUGGGCUAAAUUAUGGGGUGGCAUUUUGAUGAGGAUGAUGUUUCAGGGAUGCAGCAAAAAACUUUUAUGCGUGAACAGCACAGAGUCCACAGUGUGAAAGUGACCUAAGUCUCUUGAAUCUAUACUAGGGGUGUGAGAACCUUUGACCCUCUAGAUGUUGCUGAACUGGAACUCCCAUCAUCCCUGGCCAUUGGCCAUGCUUGCUGGGGCUGAUGGGAGUUGGAGUUCAGCAACAUCUGGAGGGCCAAAGGUUCUACACCCUGCGUACCAGUGUUGGCUUCUACAAUGUUCCAAUUUUGCCUUUUCAAAGUUUUUCUCUGCGGGGUGCUUACACUCCGUAGCCCCAAAUCCUGGCCCUCCAGUGCAUCCUCAGAGCUCUGUCCCAAUGGCAUCGGCAUCGGGGUGGUCUUCCCAUAUUUAAAUUUCAGCCUCCUGUACAGGUCAUUCCCAGUUCGCAUGGAAAUUCUGCAUUCGAAAACGCAUACACUCCCAAACUUUGGAUGGAGGCAUGCAUUUAGGAAUUAGCUUCAACUGGCUUUAUUUUACAACAUAAUAGCAAGAACUGUGCCUCUUAAAACAAGGGGCAGUUUCAGUGUGGGCUUCACCAGUGCUAAGCUGCAUUUUGACCUGACCAGAUGCAAGGCUUGCGUUUGGCAUGCAACGUGGUCAGUGAGCAGUCCGGCCACGGCUUCCACCCGACUGAGCCACCCUUAACUAUAGAUCCGCUAUGUGUACAGCUGUUGCAAAACUGAUUUUCCAACUGAUUGUACAUUUAGUACAAAGACUUAUUUGGUGCCUGGCUGUGUGGUUUUUUUAAUCUCUUGAAUGAGUUGCUACCUAAAAUAGUGGUGACCGUGGGAAAUGGGGAGUGGGCAUUGUUCCCUGUUUACUACGGAGAAACUUCUUCCGAUAAGCACCAGGCGACAGCAGCUCUAGUUUUAAACAGACUUGGGAAACGGAUUAGGAUUUCUUGACCGCCUCAUUUUGUGUAGAAGCAACAAUGAGAUAUCGGGGUUUAUAUCUGGCACUCCACACUCGCUGUCCUUAAUGGCUCUUCUGCCUGCCAAAAGGGAUGGAAGACAUUUGCGAUGAAAGAAAUUAAACCAAUCAAGCGUACGGGGUACAUUUCUGAACAGAUUUAAUUCAAAUGUUCUCAGCAGACUGAUGAGCUGCCGGACAAGCAUCACUUAGUAUUAGAUUGGCAUUAUGCUAAUGUCUUCUCUGCCAUUUCCCCUACUUCACCUCUUUGCAUAAUUUUUUGUCUCCCAAGAUGAUUGCAUGCUCAUACAGCAAAGAGAUGAUUUUUUUGCACCAGCAAAGGUUGUGAUUACAAAAAGCGUAAUUUACCAGAGUUUGCACAAGCUCCAGUAAAUUCAUUGGAGCUGUGCAAGCCAGCUACUGUUCUUUGGGUAAAGUCUCCUGAAUUUCACUGAGGUGUGUGGACUGUUCCUGCAGCAGUGCUUAUGCCACACUUCUCAACAGAAAGCAGAACAGAAUGGCCCUUUUCUCCUAAACACACCCUCAAGGCUUUAAGAGUUGGAUCAUACAUACGGUAUAUGAACAGCCCAGUGUGUCUUGGACACACAGAACAUUCAAAGGAGUAUUUUAAGGGUGUUUUCCAUGCUACAGUUUUAAGAUACAGGAGCACUCGCAUAGUUUGAAACUGUCUUCCCACUGUCCUUCAUAGGCAUAGCUAGGUUAAUGCAAUUGGGCACAUAAUUUGCUAGAUUCUAGAGGUAGUUGUGUGGUCAGACUUGGAUCCAAGUACACAAGCUUUGACAGAAUGUAUUUAGUCUGAGAGAUGGUCCAGCUAAUGUUUCCCUUCUUCCCAUGUUGCUCUUGUGAGAACUGAGUUUACACAACUAUCAGACUCUGGUGAUGCAUCUGUCGCUGGAUUGCACCUUCUUCAGACUCCAGGUGGGGAUUGCGUGCUUAAACGUUCCCCAGAAUAAAAAGCAAGAGCGCAUUGUGCACAUGCAAAACUAACAUGUCAAGGAGAAAGUUGCUUUGAACCAACCUUCCCUUUAUACUAGUUCUGUGGCGUGCAGGAAGGUGUUUUAAAAAAUAAAAUAAAAUAGGGAUAUUCAGAUAUUUAUUUGCCCCCCUCAAGUGUGAAGUGGUAGUCUGGGAACAGGUGAAUCUUGUGUUUGCUGAGCGUAGUUCAAUUCCGAUCCAAUCAGUCUUCCUCCUCCAGGGAUGUGAGCCUUCCAUUCAAGUCAACCUUUGCAAGAUUCUUGACGAAUACCAUUUAAAAAAAUAGUAGAAGUAAAACAACAUGUGAAAAACAAGGCACUAUAAUGUAGCUGUGAGCGUAAGUUUCUCUUGUGCUAUUGGCAAAAACAACAAUGGGGUGUCGGCAAUGCUAUUUAAAAGUGUGUCUUAGUUGUAAUGUAUUUUUUUGUGGGAGGGGUUGCACACAAAAUAGCAUCACCUGGCACCUCUUUUAGAAGGGAUUCCCCCUCCCCUUUGUUUGCCUUAUAACAUGGCUUCAUCAUUGCACUUCCCCACUUCCUAACCCUUGUUUUCUUUUUAGCGACGUUUAUUUAUUCUGUAAGUCGUUUUUAACAAAUCUGUUUUAAUGAUUGCUCUUGCGGCUUUGUGCAUGAAGAUUGCUUUUCCAUGAGUGCGACAAAAGCUUAAAUGCUGCUUUAGAGGGACUGAAAGCAAAUCUUCAGAAAAGGGUUCGUUGUGUAUUUGUACAUCUUGUUAGCUUGGAAUUCUUUUUUGAGACGUGAAACUCGUGUUUGGAAAACUUGACCUGUGUCUCUCCUUAGCUGUCCAGUGUCAGUGAAGGUGCUGUUUACACAACAGCCUGAACCCAUGAUGCCCUUUUGGGUCUGCGUAACAGCCACUAUUUAUUGAACUCAGCCCGGAUCUGCUUUAGGCACAUGCCACCAGAAAUGUGACAGAAGCUACAUUUUUGGAGAUGUGCCGAAACCCAAUGUGGUCUGAAUUUAAAGGGAACAUAUGCAUGUGUACACGAUGAUUUAUACAACAGGAAAUCUCUAUUGACUGCCAUGUACUGGUUGGGCUCCUGGAUUUGGCCCUGAAACCAUGUACUGUAUACAGAAACAGGGACAGUUUUCUUAUGGCUCAAGUGGGGAAACCCUUUCAUUUUUCUGGCUCCUCUGCAUGAGGAAUCUUGAUGGGAAAUAAGAAACCCCAACUCUCUCUGGUAGCCCAAAAUGUCCCAAGCGGAGCAUAAAAGUAAGGCAAUUUUAGUUCCAUCAGCUGUUGUGUCUUGCAUAAAUGCUGUUUGGGCUGUUUCUAAAGCAAAUCAAACACCUUUGUGGGAGCAAUUCUUGCCUAGUCAAAAUACAAAUCCUCAGGAUGAACCUUUUUCCAGAAUAUGGUUUAUUGCGAAGUAGUCUGUGUGGCUUAAAAAUGAACAAACACUGUGUUUAAAAAUGUGGGUUUAUUUUUCUCCUUUGGUAAUACUGUAACUGUACUGAGAUAAUGUGUUAUGGUCUUCUAUUUUCAUAGUAAAAGCCGUCCCUUUUGCCUA